AUGAACAAGAUCCGAAAGUUUUUCCGAGGAAGCGGGCGAGUCCUGGCGUUUAUAUUCGCCGCUUCUGUCAUCUGGCUGCUCUUUGACAUGGCAGCUCUCCGCCUCUCAUUCAGCGAGAUCAACACUCGUGUCCGCCAGGAGGACGCCCGGAGGGAGCAGAUCGGAUUCCGAGUGCAGCCGGACCAAGUGAACCUGUUUGACAGCGGCCUGAGAGAGAUGCACCUCGGCCUGAGGAGAAAUAGGAAAGGGAUGUGGGGCAAAGAGAACUUUAGAAAGACGAAGAAGAGUGUGCACUACGCGGGGGAAGAUUUGGACCCAACUCAAAGAGAAAGAAAAGUGCAGGACGUCCCAGGGAGGGACAAGGUUGCACCUUUGUGGCACUCCGUGCACCUACAGCCCCUCCCAAUAACGCAUGCCAAGCAAAAGACAGAGGAGCAAGGGACCAAACACGAAACCUCCUCUCACCGAGUGAGACCAAAGCAAACAACAGCUCAGGGGGCUCAGGAAGACCCAUCCACAGCAGCAAGAGGAACUCCGUGGGUCAAAAUGUCUCUACACACAGGACUUCUUGGUGUAAACCAGGAGGUCUUAGAAAGCCAUGCUCUCAGCAGUGAUCCAUCCAAAAAGGCAGUGGAAAGGGACCAAAAUGUGACUGCCAAUCUUCAUAUUGAAAAGCCAAAGCAGCACUCACACACAGUCACCAAUGAGAGGACACUGCUUGUGGGGCCCAAAUCCGGGGAUACACCAGCCUUAAACAAAUCUGAGAUUCAGCGCAAAGAACUGAACGCAAAAAAGCACGAAGUCAAUAAGGAUCUUCCCCCUUCUAAGUUGACCGCCAACCCAAAUGGAUUAAAGAAGCAAUCCAUUAAUGAGACACAGCUGGGAGGCCUGCCAAAGGCUGAUAGGGCCAAAGUGGCUCUUAGGAAGAAAUUCAAUUUUUCUGAAAGCCAUGUUGUGAUCAUAACCAAGGAAGAGGAGUUAAAGGUGGAUACCAAAGCGAUCAUGAAUUCUAAAACCCAAACUAUAUUUCCUAAAGUGUUGGGUGCAAAUCAAGAGAAAAAUAUUUCCAGGAAUAGAAGUGAGGUGGCUUUCUUAAGACUGUCUCAAAUGGACCAAUCCUUAGCUAAGGAGGUAGAACUGGCACAAGCUAACUUAACAGGCCAAGUCCAGCCUGCAGUGCAGAAUCAAAGUCAUAUAAAAGCCCAUUUACCUGAACCCCAUGGGAUGCACCAGGUGUUAAGAAUUGAUGAGACACUUUCUCCAAGGGAUCCCAAAGCUCCCGGCCAGUUUGGACGCCCUGUCAUUGUUCCCCGUGGGAAGGAGAAAGAGGCCGAGCGACGAUGGAAAGAAGGAAACUUCAAUGUCUACCUUAGUGAUUUGAUCCCAGUGGACAGAGCCAUUGAGGACACAAGGCCCACUGGGUGUGCAGAACAGCUAGUUCACAAUCACCUUCCAACCACCAGUGUGAUCAUGUGCUUUGUGGACGAAGUGUGGUCCACUCUCCUGAGGUCAGUGCACAGUGUCCUUAACCGUUCGCCCGCACAUCUCAUCCGGGAGAUUCUGCUGGUGGAUGACUUCAGCACCAAAGACUACCUAAAAGAUCAUUUGGAUAAAUACAUGUCUCAGUUUCCAAAAGUCCGCAUACUUCACCUCAAAGAGCGACAUGGUUUGAUAAGAGCCAGACUGGCAGGCGCCCAGCAUGCAACAGGUGAUGUGCUGACAUUCUUAGACUCUCAUGUGGAAUGUAAUGUUGGCUGGUUGGAGCCUCUCCUGGAAAGAGUUUAUUUAAGUCGAAAGAAAGUGGCCUGUCCAGUUAUUGAAGUCAUCAAUGAUAAGGAUAUGAGUUACAUGACCGUGGACAAUUUUCAAAGAGGAGUCUUUGUCUGGCCCAUGAACUUUGGUUGGAAAACAAUUCCACCAGAUGUCAUUGCAAAAAACAAAAUUAAAGAAACGGAUGUUAUAAGGUGCCCAGUCAUGGCUGGUGGAUUAUUUUCUAUUGAUAAAAGUUACUUUUUUGAACUUGGGACAUAUGACCCUGGGCUGGAUGUGUGGGGUGGAGAAAACAUGGAGCUCUCAUUCAAGGUGUGGAUGUGCGGUGGAGAAAUUGAGAUUGUCCCCUGCUCCCGAGUUGGGCACAUCUUCCGAAAUGACAACCCGUAUUCCUUCCCGAAAGACCGUAUGAAAACAGUGGAGCGGAACUUGGUGCGUGUUGCCGAGGUCUGGCUGGAUGAAUACAAGGAGCUCUUCUACGGCCACGGCGAUCACCUCAUGGACCAAGGCUUCGAUGCUGGAAACCUCACCCAGCAAAGGGACCUUCGCAGGAGGCUGAAAUGCAAAAGCUUCAAAUGGUACUUGGAGAACGUUUUUCCGGACUUGAAAGCGCCCAUUGUAAGAGCUAACGGUGUGCUUAUUAACCUGGCCCUGGGUAAAUGCGUUUCCAUUGUGAACAGCACGGCUCUGCUGGAAGACUGUGAUGGGAGCAGCAAGUUCCAACAAUUUAACUAUACCUGGUUAAGACUUAUCAAACAUGAAGAAUCGUGCCUAGCUCCGCUCCCUGACCAAGGAGCCCCAAAGCUGCACCCUUGUGAUAUCAGAGACAAAGGGCUCAAAUGGCUGCAUAAAUCAACAUCUCUCUUUCAACCAGAACUGGUGAAUCACAUCAUUUUCGAAAACCAUCAUCCGUUGUUGUGCUUAGAAGGAAAUUUUCCUCAGAAGACCCUAAAGACAGCUCCUUGUGAUCCAAAGAAGCCAAGUCAAAAGUGGAAUUUUGAAAACUAUUAUGAAGAUUGAAGAGGACCUGUUAUUAUUAUUUCGAAAACCUAUUAAAACCAACUACAAAACCCAUCCAUUCUGAUUCACGGGGCCCUCACUUGCCACAAAAUAGAACUGAGCAUCUUAGGGUUUUCCUUUCUGUAAUCUUCACAGAAGCAAAUCACCUGGCCUUUCUUCUACAAUGAGGUUGGGUGGGUUCGAACUACCAACCUUUUGGUUACAGGCAAGCACAAAUCAUUUGCACCAGCUAGGUACUUAAUAAGCCCAUUAAAUACUGUGCAAAUAAUAGAAAGUUUGGUGACUGUAUUUCUCAGCAGUACUUGAAAUGUUCAAUUUAAAUAGUGUUUGAAUGGAAGAUGGAA